GUGGCCUGACUGUCAUCGCAUUCAUGGUUGUUUGUGCGGUGGAGUGAGCCGGCGGCGGAAAGGAAUCUCCCGCCAUUUUUCAAUCCCUUCUUCUCUUGUUGGUGUGUGAGGGGUCAGCGCGGGAAAGCGGCGGGGGCGGGAAGUGUCAGGCGGUGUCUCCGUUACUCCCCGCGUACGGAUCGGGCCGUUCGCCGCCUCACGGAGCUACGCAGCGUCCCAUCACACUGCCCGAGGGAUGGCGCCGCUGCUGGGCCGCAGGCCCUUCUCGCUGGUGAAGCCGUUGACAGAGUCGCCCGCGGAAGGGGAAGAAGUAUUCGUGGUGGAGCACACCAAGGAGGCGUUCCGGAACCGGGAAGAAUAUGAAGCACGUAUGCAGCACUAUGCAGAACGGGUAUGGACGUGUAAAAGCACGGGUAGCAACCAGCUGACUCACAAAGAAGCCUGGGAUGAAGAACAGGAAGUGGCAGAACUGUUGAAAGAGGAGUUCCCAGUAUGGUACGAGAAGCAGGUGUUGGAGAUGGUACACCAUAACACAAUUUCCUUAGACAAACUGGUGGACCAAUCAUGGAUGGAGAUAAUGACCAAGUAUUCUGUUGGUGAAGAGUGUGACUUUGAGGUGGGACCAGAGAAAUAUUUGCGUGCCAAGAUAGUUCAGAUUCAUCCCCUGGAGAAAGAAGAGCAGGCUGGUGCUGAGAAGAAGCCUGAUGGAUCAUGUGACUCUCCAUCCAGUGACAAGGAGAACUCGAGUCAAGUAGUCCAGGACAUCCAGCUGAAGGAAGAGAGCAGCAGACGAGACACCCUGAGUGCACUAAGAGAAAGUGACAGAGCAAGACGUUCUCCACGUAAGCUCCCUGAAAGCCUGAAAAAAGAGAAAAAAUGGGUUCCACCUACAUUUCUGCCACACAAAUAUGAUGUAAAAUUGCUGAAUGAAGAUAAGAUAAUAAGCAUGGUUCCAGUGGAAAGUCUGUAUCGCUCAGAACGUCCUCCCAAUAAGGAGAUCAUGCGUUAUUUCAUUCGCCAUAACGCUUUGCGGAUUGGUACAGGAGAGAAUGCUCCUUGGGUAGUUGAGGAUGAUCUGGUUAAAAAGUACUCUCUACCUAGCAAGUUCAGUGACUUUUUACUGGAUCCACAUAAAUACAUGUCCUUAAAUCCAACACCAGCAGCCAAGCGAAAAAGCCUAGGAUCACCUGACCAGAAGCCGUCCAAAAAAUCCAAAACAGAUGGAGAUAAAAAUGCUCUAAAAGGCAAGAAGUCCCCCCUUAGUCCAACCUUAUGGUGUCAAGUAAACCUGAAGAAAAUAGUUCAUGGUUCCCCUUCAAAGCUAAAAGAGCUUGAAGGGAAAUAUUCAGAGGAGCAGCUUGCACAGUUAAUGAAAAUUGUGAGUCCUUCUAAACUUCAUGCCAGCCUCAAGAAAGGCUCUGCUGCAGGGAAGAAAAGUGGGAAGGCCCAUGUAAUUAAUGGACAGAAAGUUUCUGGUAAGUCUAGUUCACCUAAAAAAGGCUUGAAAAACUCCAAACUGAAGCAGAUGACACUAUUGGAUAUGGGUAAGAGCACCACCAAAGUGGCACGAACACCUAAAACUUCUACCACCACCAAGUCUGCUAGUAAACCACAUAAGAGACUUCCUCCUGCAGCUCUACAUCUGAUUUCUUACUAUCGUGAGAACAAGAAUCGGGAAGAUCGUAAAAGCGCCCUCUCUGCCCUGAUCUCCAAAGUCGCAAGGCUUCUUUCUGAUGAAGACCGUGGUCGAUUGCCCGAUGAGCUGAAAGAAUUGGUGCAGAAACGUUAUGAGAUGCUUGAGGAACGCAGGCGCUGGGCUAUGAUGACUGAAGAGCAGAAAGAAGAGCACAUGCGGCAGAAGCGGGCAGCGCUAAAAGCUCGCAUUAAAGAAAAGGCUCGGGAGCGCAAAGAGAAAGAGAAACAGCAACGACUGGAGAAACAGAAAAGGUUUGAGGAUCAAGAGUUGACUGGCAAGAGCUUGCCAGCAUUUAAGUUAGUAGAUACUCCUGAGGGGCUCCCAAAUACAUUGUUUGGUGAUGUAGCUAUGGUGGUAGAGUUUCUCAGUUGCUAUGCUGACCUGCUGCUUCCAGAUGGUCAGUACCCAGUGACUGCUGUUUCACUAAUGGAAGCGCUUUCUGCUGAAAAAGGCGGCUUUUUGUAUCUUAACAGAGUGCUUGUCGUGUUACUGCAGACGCUCCUGCAAGAUGAAAUUGCUGAGGAUUAUGGGGAACUAGGCAUGAAGCUGUCUGAGAUACCACUUACCCUGCACUCUGCCUCAGAGCUGGUUCGCCUGUGCCUCCGCAAGUCUGACUUGCCAGCUGGGGAAAGCAAUUGUUCAGAUAAAGGGGAUGAAGAGAGCGAGGGAUCUGCUGUGUUCCAGGACGAUGAGGUGGAAGAUGAAUUCGUGGAGAAGCUGGAAACUACUGAGUUUUUUGAGCUAACUACAGCAGAAAAGCUUCAUAUCCUUGUAGCUCUUUGUCACCGUAUCCUGAUGACUUAUUCUGUUCAGGACCAUGUGGAUGGCAAGCAGCACCAAUCCGGUGAGCUCUGGAAGGAGAGGUUAGCUAUGCUGAAAGAGGAAAAUGAUAAGAAACGAGCAGAAAAACUGAAGAGAAAGGAGCUUGGAGCCAAGGGUAAAGAGGAAAGCACACAACCCAAACCACCUCCUAAGAAAGUGGACAAAGUGAGCAAAACAGAGCAACCGCCAGCAGAGCAGGAACCAGAGGACAUGAUCAGUGCCGUUAAGAGCAGGAGGCUGCAGGCAAUUCAAGCCAAAAAAGAGAAGGAGGAAAACGACAAACUUACAAAAGAAAGGUUUCAGAAAGAGGCAGAAGAGGACCGACUGCGCAAGCAAAAGGCCUCUGCAGAGAAAGCUUUUCAUGAAGGUAUUGCCAAAGCCAAGCAAGUAUUGAGAAGAUAUCCAAUUGGUACAGACCGCAACCACAACAGAUAUUGGCUGUUCUCAGAAAGUGCUCCUGGGCUGUUUAUUGAGAAGGGCUGGGUGCAUGACAGUAUUAAUUACAGCUUCAGUCUUCCUGAAGAAGAUGAAGAUCCAGACGCAGAAACUACCAUGGAGAGUGACGAUGCUGAGAGUAGUGUGGGUGCACCGGAGGAUUCCCCACAAAAGGAAGAGAGACCUGUGGAGAGCACAGUACCUAAACAGGGGCAGAACCUUUGGUUCCUUUGUGAUACCCAGAAGGAGUUGGAUGAGCUGCUGGAUUGUCUCCAUUCACAGGGUAUUAGAGAGAGCCAGCUAAAAGAGCGUCUGCAGAAAAGGUAUCAGGACAUUUUGCAUUCCAUUCACCUUGCUCGCAAGUCCAAUCUAGGCUUGAAGACAUGUGAUGGUUCCCAGGAGCUGCUGAACUUUCUGCGCAGUGAUGUAAUAGAAGUGGCAACAAGGCUUCAGAAGGGCGGCCUAGGAUAUCUGGAUGACACGUCAGAAUUUGAAGCUAAGGUGCGUUCUCUGGAGAAUCUAAAGGAUUUUGGGGAAUGUAUCAUCUUUCUGCAAGCGGCUGUCAUCAAGAAGUUCUUACAGGGUUUUAUGGCUCCAAAACAGAAAAAGCGUAAACCCCAAUCGGAGGAGGCAGCAGCCAAAGCAGAGGAACAGGAUGAGGAAAAGAAAAUUGCGGAGGAAGCAAAGGUGGCAUCAGCUGUGGAGAAAUGGAAGACUGCCAUCCUUGAGGCCCAAACAUUUUCACGUGUACAUGUGCUGCUGGGGAUGUUGGAUGCCUGCAUCAAGUGGGACAUGUCCUCUGAAAAUGCCCGCUGCAAAGUGUGUCGGAAGAAAGGUGAGGAUGACAAGUUGAUCCUAUGUGACGAGUGUAACAAGGCAUUCCACCUCUUCUGUCUGCGACCAGUUCUCUUAAUGAUACCAGAUCGGGAAUGGCAGUGCCCUGCCUGUCAACCAGCAACACUCAGGCGUAGCUCCCGGGGCAGGAACUAUGCUGAAGAAUCCUCUAACGAUGAGGAGGAGGAGGAGGAGGAUGUUGACGAUGAAGAGGAUGAGGAGUAUGAUGAGGACACAGACGGUGAAGAUCAGGAUUUAAGGCUCAGAUUGAGGUCUCGCAAAGCACCUAAGGGUAAAGCUAGCAAACCUAAAAGUUCAAGUCCACGUGGGCGCCAGAAAGCUAAGAACAAUCAGCGGUCCUCCAGACAGCGUGCACUGCCAGAAAAUGGAGCUGAAGUAGAGGAGGUGAUACGUCAGAGCAAGCCAGCCCCCCGACGCCAGAACCAUGAGCUGCAGAAGUGCGAAGACAUUUUAUGCAAACUCAUAAAGUACCGCUUCAGCUGGCCAUUCAGGGAGCCAGUGAACACAGAGGACGAUGAGAGCUAUCUGAAAGUAGUGACCACCCCUAUGGACUUCCAGACCAUGCAGAGCAAGUGCUCAUGUGGCAACUAUCAGACGGUGCAAGAAUUCCUCAAUGACCUGAAACUGGUAUUUGGAAAUGCUGAGCAGUACUAUGAACCAGGAGCCCAGCAAAUUUCCUGCUUAGAGAAAACGGAGCAGUGUGUUAGAGACCUCCUCAGCAAACACCUUCCCGGACACACUUACCAGAGGAAGCACCGUAAGCACCAGGCCCUGGAGCAGUCACCAGAUAACCACGGCCCUGGGCGUAAACGGAAGAAAUAAGUGUAUGAAUGUAAAGGGAGUUGGGUGGAAGUAAAGGGUUUGAGAGAGGUAGAUUGGAGGCUGUGGGGACUGAACUGGAAGUUUGCCCCAAUUUUAGAGACCAAACAUGUUUUGUUGAGAUGAUAUCAUGUCUGGGAGGCUCAGUAAAGAUUUGGCGGUGUGGUUUUGUUUUCCCCCUUAAACCCCCCCCCCCCCCCCCCCCUUGGAUGUGUGCUGCAGUCAAGUGAAGCUCAAUCACCUAGUAGUGUUGAAGAGAAUCUGUCUUCUUGCUCAAAUCCGGUGUCUCCUAACAAUGUUUGUGUCCUAAGUCACAUAGGUCUUGGGUAGAGCUGCCACAUACCUUUAUAUAUAUAUAUAUUGCUGGUGUGAAAGCUGUGCACACUUCUAUCGAAGGCACUUAUUGGUGUGUCCAGCCAGAGAACGACAUGAAGUAAUUUUAGUAGCGUUGGGUUCUGUAAAUCAUUGAUCUUAAACAGCUACAUCACUGGCAGAGUUUAUAAUUGUCACUCGGCAGCAGGAUACCGCAUUGUAUUUGUGUUGACUUUAUAAAGGGUCGUCUGAGCUCUCCCCACACCUUCUGUAUUUAGAGAUUAUAUGCCAACUGCUCCUUGUAAAUGUUCCCUAGAUACACACAGAUAGGAGUAUCUGAAGCUGGAUAAAACCCUAAAAAGAAACUCACCAGCACCCCAACUUUGCCUGCCUCCCUCUAUUUAAAACGCUACCAGCACGGACUGAUAGAUUGGAAGAGUACCUUGUGGUCCCCUUCCUCUUGGAAGGAUUCUUUUUUUUUUUUUUUUAAAUCUUCCUUUCUGCCGACACAGGUAUCUGACGGUCAAACCGAAAAGUCAAUAAUUUUUUUUGUGCAUUUUUUUUUUUUUUUUUUUUUGUACUGACUUUUCCCUUUUCUAGGUAUUCAAUGUUUGCUUGUGAUCUUGUAUAAAGGGAGACUUUGUCUGGGUUUGGCACAUGUACAGUACAGUUUAUAUGAAAACAAGUGUUUGCCUUUAUUAAUAUUAAAACAGAAGGAACCACAUA